GUCUCUCUUCCCCCGAGGGUGGAGAGAUGUCGAGCGAGCAGCAAGCGAGUGCAAGCAGUGUGGAGAGCGAGAGUGGAGGGAGCAUGUGCGGAUACAAACGUGAGUAUUCCAUCGAAGUUCCUGCGUCAUCGUCAUCGUCAUCGUCGUCCCGGGUCAAGGUGGCUGUUUACGGAGGUUCGUUUGACCCCAUCACUGAUGCCCAUCUCAAGGUCAUGGCAGAAUGCAUCCACUCGGGCAAGGCAGAUGAGGUAUGGGUUGUUCCCUGUGCAAACCGCCGCGACAAGCCCCUUGUUGCUUCUGCUCUCGACAGGCUCAUCAUGGCGCACCAGGCGGUCAAUACCACGUUUGGAUCGCGUUUCCCUGUCUACGUCAAGGACAUGGAUGUGUUCAACGAGACCGCAACGCCGACGUACUAUCUCAUGAAACAGCUGACAAAGGAGGUGCCCGGCAAUGACUUUUACUUUGUCCUCGGCUCGGACCUGCUUCCUGGCCUCCGCAAGUGGGACAUGGGCGAGGAGCUGGCCAGCGAGUUCAACUUUCUCAUCAUGGAGCGCCCGGGCUAUCCCAUCUGCAAAGAAAACAUGCCGGCCCACUACGAGCUGCUUUCCCGGCCCGAGUUCACCAUGACCAUCACCAAGCUCUCGUCCUCUGAAGUCCGCAAGCGCAUCCGCAAGAAUGUCUCGCUUGUCGACGGCCUCAUCCCGUCGUCCGUCCUUGCCCAUAUCAUCCGCAACCAUCUGUACAAGUGCAGCCUGCCGCAGCAGUCGAAUCGCCUGCCGCUCUCAGUCACCACUCCGAUCUCGGUUCACCCCGUCCCGGACCUCCCCGAUGACGACUCGUCGCAAAGCACCGCGGCGUGCACUCCCGAGUCCUCGCCCCGCCCUGCCGACGCCUAAAUUACCUCCUCAAGCACGAGCCCGCAGCUGGUCGCCAGCUCGGCCACUGUCAGUCCGUCUGAGUUGCGAACCUCGGCGAUAAAGACCCUCGCACCCUCCUC